CUUACGUGUAGUCGUGACGCUAGUCUCGCGAGAUGAGUCUUGCGGCGUCGGGAUUUUCUGUAAGACAGGAGGCUGGGGUCCUGCAGUUCACAGUUUCACGGGAGGUGUAAGUUAUUAUUCGGGAGUGCCGGUUGUGUUAGGAAAAGCGGGAAUGGUGGGCAGUGUGAAAGCUGUUUAGGGAGAGGACACGCAGGCACCCUAGCAGACUCCUCCCUCUCGAAGUCUGCGGCUCGCUGACAGCAGGGGGAGCGAUUAUCCAAGUGAGACAUCUUCAUCUGUCCAGUGUCUUGUUUCCGGCCCCACUGUGCCUUUUGUCCUGUAAAUUAUUUUACCGUAGCGGAUGUUAUGAAGGCAUUGCUUGGGAUUUUAUGAAAAGAAGAAAAACGUAUUUGUUUUGAAGAACUCGGGUCCGAAUUUUCACCUUUUUUUAAACUUGCAAUGGAAACAACAGUUGUUAGAAGAAAUGCAAUGCUAUGCCAGCCCUGAUAAUCUGGUUUUCUACUGGAAUUAACUGCAGGCAACUAGUUUUGUGAUUGUUUCUGAUAUACUGCUACGUUUGUGGAACAUUUAAAUGUGAAUGCGUCAAGCUGCAAAUGUUGGCUGGCAGGUUCUGAAGCAGCCUCCUGCAAAUCCGCUGAAGAGAGCAAGGGAUGGCAUCCAGAGAGAGACUUUAUGAGUUAUGGAUGCUGUAUUGCAAUAAGAAAGACCCAGACUAUCUGCGGCUUUGGUUGGACAGCUUUGUUUCAGGUUAUGAACAGUUCCUUGAUGUUGACUUUGAUGAAUUGCCAACCAGGAUUGACGAUGAACCUCCAGGAUUGUCACUGCUCCCUGAUCAUAUCUUGCAAGUGCUUAGACUUCAGCUGCUGUACUGUGUGCAAAAGACUGCGGAUGGAAUGGAAGAGGAGCAACAGAACCUCUCCCUCUUGCUUGUCAAGUUUUUCAUCAUCAUAUGCAGAAAUCUUUCCAAUGUGGAAGAAAUUGGAUGCUGUUCUUACAUAAACCAUGUUAUCACAAUGACAACGUUAUAUGUGCAACAGCUUAAAAGCAAUACAAAGGAGAAAGAACUCAUGGACCAAUCAUCUACUGAGGAGUUUGUACAGCAUGCUCUGGUAUUUUGUGAAAGCCUCUAUGAUCCAUAUCGAAACUGGAGACAAAUCAUUGCAGGGAAGAUCAUCUGUCCAGUUGAGAAGAGUAGACAGAAAUACAAAGCAGCUUCCCUCACUGUUGAAUUCAUACCUUUCUUUUACCAAUGUUUUCAAGAAAGUGAACAUCUCAAAGAAAGCUUGAAAUGUUGCCUUCUGCAUCUCUUUGGGUCCAUCCUUUCUGGUGCUCAGAGAAAUGCACUUCAGGCUAUCUCUCCAGCUACAAUUGAAGUCCUGAUGCGUAUCUUGGCAGAUUGUGAUACUUGGGAUGAUGGAGACACAGGUGAAGUGAGUCGAAAGGCUGAGCUAACUCUAAAAUGUUUGACAGAGGUCAUUCACAUCUUGUUGGUUAGCAGCUCUGACCAGCGACAGGUAGAAAUAAGCACUAUUCUGGAGAACUACUUCAAGCUGCUCAACUCUGACCAUUCAGCAUUAUCCAGUCAAAGGAGAUCCAGGCAUUGGGAAAACCGGUUCAUUACACUGCAGAUUAAGAUGCUGACCUGUAUGACUGAAAUGUUAAACUGCAAAGACAGACCAGUCCUGCAAGCAAUUUUUCUAAACAGCAACUGCUUCGAGCAUCUCAUCCGACUACUACAGAACUGCAGGCUUUUGUUAAACGCUUACUAUAGAGGGGCAGAAAAGAGCGAAAAAGAAUUUGCCAACAAAUUACUGACAGAAAUGAAUGAAAAUCAGGUUUUUCAGGAAAGGUUAGAUCGCUUAGCUGUAACUACCAUUCAGGCUCUUACAGCAGUGAAGCAUAAAUCUCCUUCUGCAAAGGAAGUUUUUAAUGAAAGAAUAGGUUAUGCACACUUUAUUGAUGUAUUAAAAUCACUUGGACAACCAUCUCGGCUUUUACUAGAAGAACUUCUAAACAUGGCUGUUGAGGGAGAUCAUAACAUUGUUGGAAUUUUGGGAAUCAGUAAUGUUCAGCCCUUGCUGCUACUUAUCCAGUGGUUGCCAGAGAUACAGUCCCAUGAUCUCCAAAUCUUUAUCUCUGAGUGGCUGAAGAGAAUCUGCUGCAUAAACAAACAAAGCCGAACAAUGUGUGUUAACGCCAACAUGGUCAUUCGAAUAAUAGAGACUCUAAAUUCACACUACUCUCUUCAUCGAGCCUGCGCAGAAAACCUAAUUGGCCUUCUGGGUUCACUUGGAAGCCAGUCAAUGAGCUCUGAAGAGUUAUUUCACCUCUUUUACUUGCUGAGAACUAAAGAACCCAAGCAAAGUCAUCCUUAUGUAAUACCUGUAACCCGUGCCUUGCUUGCAAUAACUAGAAAACAGGGAUUGUGUAGUGCCUUACAGUACUUCAACUUGUCCCAUAGUUUGGCAGGUAUAGCUGUGCCCACUUUUCAAAAAUGGCCCGGUUCUGCUUUUUCAUUUUUUGCUUGGUUUUGUCUGGAUCAGGACCAGUCAUUUUCUAGUGCUUCAAGCAGUGGAAUGAGGCGAAAACAGUUGUACAGCUUUUUCACCAGCAGUGGUACAGGCUUUGAAGCAUUUAUUACUUCCUCGGGGGUUCUUGUUGUUGCAGUAUGCACAAAAAAGGAAUAUGCUACAGUUAUGUUACCCGACCAUUGCUUUUGUGAUUCAUUAUGGCAUAAUGUUACAAUUGUUCAUGUGCCUGGAAAAAGACCGUUUGGACAAAGCUUUGUAUAUAUCUAUGUGAAUGGCCAGCAGAAAGUCUCUGCCCCUCUCAAGUUUCCUUCGAUGCAUGAAGCUUUCACGUCUUGUUGUAUUGGGUCUGCUGGCCAGAGAACGAAUACUCCGCCACCCUCUCAGAUCCCAGACCCACCCAUAUCUCCUCCAAGUGCAGGCACUAGGACAUCAUUGGGUGGAAUUCUGUCUUCUCCUUCAUGGAGUGGCACGCAUGGAAAGACUGAUGGUGUGACAAAAUUAAUAUCGGCAGGGACACAGGACAGUGAAUGGGGAUCUCCAACAUCACUGGAGGGACAUCUUGGGUCUGUUCUUAUUUUCCAUGAUGUGUUGCAAGCCUCACAGGUGAAGACUCUUUAUUUGGCUGGUCCAAACAGCCUGAGUCCAUGGAAAUCGCAAGAAUCAGAGUUGACAGACUUACCCGCUAAGCUCCUUCUCUACUACACACCAAAGGCUUGCAAAAAUCCCAUCUGCCUGGAUUUAUCAUCUAAUGUUUUGCAUGGAAGACUAACUGGGAACAAAGUUGUGAAUUGGGACAUUAAGGACAUGAUAAACUGCAUUGGUGGUUUAAAUUCACUGUUUCCCCUGUUGGAGCAAAUCAGCUGUUUAAAUGAACUUCCAUGUGAAAAAACAGACUUGUGUGUUACUGUCACUGAACAUCUGACACCUAUAGAAGGGGACUUUGUUGUUUUAUCCUCAACUAAAGCUUCAGAGGCUCGUUUGGAAAAGAACAUUGUUGCAACUUUUAUUUUGUUGAUAAAACACCUCAUUCAGAGACAUCCAAUCAACCAGGAAAUUCUCAUUCACUCCCAUGGAGUUGCUACUCUAGGAGUUUUGCUGCAGAAGGUAUCAGGCAACUUAAUGGAUGUAAAUGUCCUCAUGGCUGUACAGCUACUCAUUGAGCAGGUGUCUGUGGAAAAGAAUAGUUUACUGUUACAGCAGAUGUACCAGUACCUACUCUUUGAUUUCCGUAUCUGGAAUCGAGGUGAUUUCCCUUUUCGAAUUGGGCACAUACAAUAUGUUUCCACUAUUAUUAAGGACAGCAGGAAACUUUUCAGAAAGAAAUAUGGCAUUCAGUUUCUCUUAGAUACAAUCAGAAUCUAUUACAGUAAAGAAAAUACGUUAACAGGAGAUGAUCUGACAACAAUAAGAACAUCAUUAUUUGGAUUAAUAAAAUAUUUUCUCAGCAAGGGUGGAACCCCAGAGGAAAUUCAGAGUAUUAUUGGAUAUAUAACGGCCAUCACUGAUGAGGAACAGAUAUAUGGGAUUUUAGAAAUCAUUUUACAUCUCCUUAGCAGCAGCCCAGUUCUAGACCAGCUGUUUUUGCUUCUCUUUGAACCUGGAAGUGCUGACAUGCUGUAUGCGUUAUUGCUUAAUCAGAGAUAUUCUGACAGGUUGAAAGAAACUGUCUUUAAGAUUUUCGAGCAGAUGCUAAAGUGUAACAAAGUUUAUGAGAAGAGUAAGCAACGUAUACGCCUCCGGGAAGUGGGAUACUCGGGGCUGGGCUUGCUCCUUAAUGAUUCAUCUAUCUCGGCUGUACUGAUUAAAGGACUUCUUAACCAAAUCCUUACUGCAGAUCCUGUAAAUUACAAGGACCUGCUGGCUGUGGUACAUUUGUCCACCAGAACAUACCUUACGGUACGAGUCGCCGUCUGCAGAAAGAUUUUGCAGCUUUUACAGUUCCAUCAAGAUGCAGCUUUUCAAGUAUGCCAACAAGUUGGCUGGCAAGAGACUUUGGUGAGAUUUUUCUUGAGGGAAAAUUCAGAAUGCAAGAGCAAUUUUAGAACUUCCAGUGCAGACAAUAUUAAGGAAGAUGAACAAAAUGCUGUUCCUGAAGAGACGCAAAAGCAUUCUUCUGAAAGAAUUGUUAUAGAUCAAGUGGAUGGCUGCACACUGAAUAAUAACCAUUGCAAUAGUUAUUUUCAUGAAGACAGCAAGUCCCUCAAUUCAAGUAUUCAGUCAUCAUGUGCCUUGCUAGAUGAUGAAGAGUCUAUCUUUAGUGAGGCCCAGGUGGAAGACCAAGUAAAUGAAUGGCCUGGUGAUCAUUCACAUCUCCGUUUGGACUUGACUCCUUUUGAUGGUGAAUUCAGUGAAAACCAAAUUCCAGGGAGUCUUUCUAGCACUCCAUCCCCAGAGGAGAGCUCAAAACCAUUUGGUAUGAAUCAAUCCGAUAAAGAAACCAACAGUUUAAAUGAUGUGCUCUUCAGAGAUGAUCUUUCUCUAAGUGUAAAUCUGGAGAGCAGAGAGGAUUGUGAAGAAGAACUUGUGCAACUGCUCACUGAUAUAUUGCUGUGCCUGAUGUGGAAAGGGCUUGAUAAGUCUGAUAGUGCUACUUGGGUUGAAAGAGGCCAGAUUUUCUCAGCACUAACCUGCCUGGAAUCUUCCAACAUGUUGCUGAGAUCUUCGGAUGAAAUUAAAUUGAAUUUAUUAGAGAAAAUGCCAGAAUGGGCAGUGACCGAGAACAGAGAACCAAAAUCCCAACCCAUCCAUUCUGAAAAUGCAAAGCGGUUAUUGCACAUUGUGCAGGAUUUCCUACAAACAGAGGGCCAUAAAAAUCCUGUUCUUUGGACUGAAAAGCUGUUGGAAGAGAUAGUCACCCUUAUGGAUGUUAUCUCCGUAUGGUAUUCAUCUGGUCCAGAAUCAGAGUCCAUUUCUCAGUUAGAAUUUCGUCUUUUGCUUGGUUUCAUUGCUCAAGAUAAUCUGCAGGUAUGUGCCAUGGCUGCUGCAAAGCUCAACACUAUGCUACAAACCAAAGUCAUUGAGAAUCAAGAAGAAGCUUGUUACUUGUUAGGGAAACUUGAAGGCAUUCUGAGCAAAUCUAUCAAGGAGAAGACUGAAACCUAUUCAUUUCUGAUCCCUAUUGUGCGAACGCUUGUAUCUAAGAUUUACCAGCUGCUCUAUAUGCACCUACAUUUACCAGCUCUUCCUAUAACUAACGGUAAUCCUUCGCUGUUUGAAGAUUUUCAGGAAUACUGCAACUCUGAGGAAUGGAGAAUCUUUAUUGACAAAUAUAUCAUACCAUACAUGAAACAAUACGAAGUAGAUACAUUUGGCAGAUAUCAUGAGCAGAUGGCCACAUACUGGAAAGAUUGUUAUGAAGCACAGAUGGUGAAUAUACACAAACGUGAACGAGAACGAGGUGAAAGCAAGCUGAAAGUUAAGGAAUUCUUUUUGGAACCAUUUAAUAGAAAAACUCGUCAGGAGAACUCUCGCUACAACAAUAUGCUUAAACAAGUAAACAGUCAAUACACAGCUACUUUAAGGCAAUGGAAGGCUGCACAAAGAUAUCUGUUCUGUGAACGUGGACCAUGGGCUGACAGGAAAGAAAACUGGGAAUACUGGAAACUUUCCAGUGUAGAAAAUUACUCACGCAUGAGGCUCAAACUUGUGCAGAAUCUCAAUUUUGAUGCUCAUUUAGAAGCCAGUGCAUUGCGGGACAACUUAGGUGUCCAACAAAUGGAGCCUUCUAGUGACUCACUGUUGUUGGAAGCUGCAAAGCAAGUGAAAGUGAGUGACUUAGAAGAAGAUCAACUUGAACUUCCAGAAGAGGAAAACACUGUAAACAUGAAUGACAAAGAAGAACAGAUUCAAAAGGAGAAGCUUGUAUUGUCAGAGGACUGUGACCUGAUUACUGUAAUGGAUGCAAUCUCUGGUCAUCUGGAAGUUACAACUCAACAUAUUUAUUUUUAUGAUGGCAGUACUGAAAAAGAAGAAGGUGUAGGUUAUGAUUUCAAGUGGCCCCUUUCCCAAAUCCGAGAGAUCCAUUUGCGUAGGUACAACCUGCGGAGAUCAGCACUAGAGAUAUUUCUAAUUGACCAGACCAACUAUUUUCUAAAUUUUAAAAAGGAGGUUAGAAAUAAGGUAUACAGUCGAAUUCUUUCUCUACGCCUUCCUAACAUAUAUGGAACCCGGUCACCGCAGGAACUGCUGAAAGCAUCUGGCCUUACUCAGAAAUGGGUUAACAGGGAGAUUUCAAACUUUGACUACCUCAUUCAGCUGAAUACAAUAGCUGGAAGAACAUACAAUGACCUUGCACAAUACCCUGUGUUUCCAUGGGUGUUGCGAGACUACACAUCAGAAGAGUUGGACCUUAAUAACCCUGCAGUCUUUAGGGACUUGUCUAAGCCCAUUGGUGUGGUGAAUGAGAAAUAUGCCGUAACUGUGAGGGAGAAAUAUGAAAGUUUUGAAGAUCCUCUGGGGACAAUUGACAAGUUUCACUAUGGUACACACUACUCAAAUGCUGCUGGUGUAAUGCAUUAUUUGAUUCGAGUUGAACCCUUUACUAGCUUGCAUAUUCAACUGCAAAGUGGAAGAUUUGACUGUGCAGAUCGUCAGUUUCAUUCCAUUCCUGCUACUUGGCAAGCUCUUAUGGAUAACCCAAAUGACGUGAAGGAGCUUAUACCUGAGUUUUACUAUUUCCCAGAAUUUUUGGAGAACAAAAAUGGGUUUGAUUUGGGACGCCUACAGAUUACCAAAGAACAAGUGAAUGAUGUUAUUCUUCCUAAAUGGGCCAAAUCACCGGAAGAUUUCAUCCUUAAACACAGGAAAGCUCUGGAGUCAGAGUUUGUUUCAGCUCAUCUACAUGAAUGGAUAGAUCUGAUCUUUGGGUACAAGCAAAGGGGACCAGCUGCAAUAGAAGCUCUAAAUGUUUUCUAUUAUUGCAGCUAUGAAGGAGCUGUGGAUCUUGAUGCCAUUGCAAAUGAAAAAGAAAGAAAAGCUUUAGAAGGAAUGAUUAAUAAUUUUGGACAAACGCCUUGCCAACUAUUAAAGGAACCUCAUCCAGCACGUCUCUCUGCAGAGGAAGUUUAUUUGAAACAAAGUAAAUUAGAUAGUGCUACACUGAAUCUGUUUCAGAACCUCCCUGACUUGAAUUCAUUUUUCAUAGAGGGGAUUAGUGAUGAUGUCCCUGUUGUCAAAGCUAUUGUUCCUAAGAAUCAGUUACGUUCUUUUUUGUCUCCUGGAAGCCCUGAAUUGCUGGUGACAGUAAGUCAGACUCUAAUCAUUGGUACACAUGGCUGGCUUCCUUAUGACAGGACUAUCUCAAAUUAUUUCACAUUCUCAAAGGAUCAAACUGUGACUAAUCCAAAGACCCAGCGCCUUGUGUCUGGCCCCUUUGCCCCUGGACUUGAAAUUACCUCAAAAUUAUUUGUGGUGUCACAUGAUGGGAAAGUACUCUUCAGCGGUGGUCACUGGGACAACAGUAUUCGAGUCACAUCACUCACCAAGGGAAGAGUGAUCAGCCAGCACAUCAGGCACAUGGAUAUUGUUACCUGUUUAUCCACUGAUUUGUGUGGUAUACACCUCAUUUCUGGCUCUCAGGACACAACAUGCAUGAUCUGGCAAAUAGGACAGCAAGGUGGAGACUUGUCUUCUAAACCUCUACAAAUUCUCUACGGACACACAGAUGAAAUAACCAGUGUCUGCAUUAGCACAGAGUUGGAUACAGCAGUGUCUGGGGCUAGAGAUGGAACAGUUAUUAUUCAUACAAUUCGAAGAGGCCAGUAUGUGAGAACACUGAAACCUCCAAGUGAUAGCUCUCUGAUCAUGACUAUUCCAAAUCUGGCAAUGUCUUUGGAUGGACAUAUAGUAAUCCACAGCAGUAUUGAAGGGAAGAGUAUUAAGAACAAGAAUGCACUGCAUCUUUACAGUAUGAAUGGAAAGUACAUCGUUUCUGAACCUCUAAAGGAGCAAGUGACUGACAUGUGCAUCAUUUCAGAGAACAUUGUGUUAGGAAGCAGGCAAGGAUUUCUGUCUAUAAGAGAUCUCUACAGCUUGAAUCUCAGCCUCGCUCCAUUGGCAAUGCGAGUUCCCAUCCACUGUGUUUCUGUGACCAAAGAAAACAGCCACAUCCUUGUUGGCCUGGAAGAUGGUAAACUGAUUGUUGUGGGCGUUGGCAAGCCAACAGAAGCAAGAUCAGGUCAGAUUUCCAGAAAACUGUGGGGAUCCAGCAGGAGGCUCAGCCAGAUAUCAUCCGGUGUGACUGAAUAUAACACACAAGGAACCUAAUAAUCCCAUUCCAAUUACCACACGUGUUCUAGAAAUGAGUCUCUGUAUUUUAUAUGAGAUAUUACUAAUUUAUUCUUACAGACAUACCAUAACAGAGCAGGUGAAUGUCGGUGUAGACUACCAAUUCUCAGUUAUAAAUGGAAGAAAACCUGCUUAGACAAUCCGUGUGCUUUUUUUAGGCAAAAUGCUGCUUUUUUCCAGGCACUGCUUUACAAAUCAAUACUUAUUACCAGACUUUGCAGCAGGAAGAAAAGUACCCAGUCAAAGUAUAACUGCAAAAAAAUUUUUUGCACUCUUUUUUUACUUUACCUUUAUUUGCAAACUGUAUAUUUUAAAUAACAUUUCAUGAGUUCCAUGCUCUUUAGGGAACCAAUAUAACAUUUGUUUAAUGUUGUAAAUCAUAUAGAGAUAUAAGCAUCCGUAAUAUAUAACCCCGAAUACCUAGGCAAGUCUAACCAUAACUUAAGAAAUAAGAAGCUGUGGUGUACACUUCAAUGCAUUAUGAUACAGCACUAUAUUAAUUAAUUGUUGCAUAACAACACAAUCUUACAAAAAAAAAAAAAAUGUCCCCCGGUCAGUGUUCUGCCUAGACUUAUUGACUAUUACAGAGCUGCAGUAUGUAAUUUUUUUUCCAUGCAAAAAAUGAGUGUGGAAAAUCAGUUUGGUUUUUCUUGAAGGCCAAUGAUGAUAUUUAAAGGAACAAGUGCCAAGUUACUGUAAUUGUUGUCUAUUUUACGCACAAAGCUGCUUAAGUGAUUUACAUGCACAAUAGCCCCCAUCCAAAGCCUUUAUUGGUUAUUCUGAUGUUUCCUUGUUUGUCCUCCUCCCUGCUUUUUUUGUGACAAAAGACAAUACACCAUGAGACUUGGCAUAUACAAUGCCAAGUGCAAAGGGCAUGCGUUUGGCAUCAGAAGGAUAACUGGAAUAUUUGUAUUGUGAGACUUUUUAUUGUAGAGGCAUACUGUAAUAUGCAUACUUUAAAUUUUAUGUAGCAGUGUUAUGCAGUUACUCAUGAAUUUAUAAACAUUGACAGCGGUGCACUUCUGUAUCACGUUUUACCAACAUUAUUUUUUACCGUGCAUUAUUAAAAAAGUUUAAAUCACUGAAUUAAUUAUAGCUGUAUAGAAUCACCUUUUCCCUGAGAAAUAACCAGCCUCACUAACUAUAACAUUAAAGUAGAAGAAAAGGCUGUAUUUGCUUGGGGGUGCCAAAAGUUAGGCACCCCAAGUGAUUAUAUUUACUUACCUCACACCCUGGGCCGGUGCUCCUAUCAGAUAAAAACUGCACCGAUCCGGGGGUUCCAGCGAGCACCACAGAGCAAUAGUCCUCCUUAUUCUUCUUUCUUCAAAUUUCCUGGGACAGGCACAUACAAGUUUGCCAUUUCGUGCUACUGCGCAUGCACACCCGCGCAAAGAAAGAAGAAGCCAGAAGACAAUUACUCUGUGGUGCUCACUACAAGAACCCCCGGGCCGGUGCAGUUUUCUGCUUAUGGGAGCACCGGCCGGGGUGUGAGGUAAGUAAAUAUAUAAUCACUUGGGGUGCCUAACUUUUAGCACCCCCAAGUAAAUACAGCCUUUCCUUCUCCUAUAAAGAGACGCUUGUUUUGUGAGGUUGCCAAACAUGUGGAUCUAUGCCCAUCUCGGGCUGCAUAAAAGCGGACAAAUUGGCAGCAUAUCUCGAGAUAUAUAUAUAUAUAUAUAUAUAUAUAUAUAUAUAUAUAUAUAUAUAUAUAUAUAGCCACCUGUAGCUGGAGUACAGAAUUUUGCAGGAAGCAAAGCUUAGCCCUUCUGUGCCUAGGUCAGCCAACCUUGAGCAUCCAGGAUUGUCACUCUGCAUGUGUAUUUGCAAAAUUCGCAAAAAAACAGUUAAGACCGCUUCCAAACUCACCACCGCAUUGGUUGCUCCCUAUUUUUCCGGGUGCUCAGUCCGCAGCAUCCCCACUGCCAACAUAUAAUACCCAAGCGAAAAGGACGGCACUCCGGUAAAAGAGGCAGAUUUAUUGCAUAAAUGGCCUUACGCGUUUCGGGAACAAAUUCCCUUAAUUAUAGGCUUGGAAAAUUUGCAAAAUUCCACUCCCCGCUAUGUCUUACCAUUUGUUGUUUCCAGUGUGGUUUCAGCUUGUUUUUGUAGCAGAAAAUAGGCUAUGAAUUUAAGGUUGUUACGUUGAGAUGUGUAAUAGUCCUUUUAAUUAGGAUGGUGAGCUAGCUCAGUCAUUGACACACCAUUCAGUCUGAGCAAUAUUCUUACGCUUGGGGUAAUAUUAAUACAGCUUUACCAAAAUUUUACACAUUGUGUUCCAUUUUAAAAGCUUACUUGAUAGGGGUCUAUUGCAUUGCAAGAUCUCUGGAAGUUAUAAUGUAACUUUUUUUUAAUUUAUUAUAUAUGUAUAUUAAAGUUGCUGAGAUUACAUUUUACUUUUAUUAUGCAAGAAAAAUUUGGGGGAGAUACCCUUAAAUUGUAAAACUUUUAACACUCAAUCUACUUAUUAUGCAAUGUUCUCCCUAAAAAAAGGGUUUUAUUUGAUAGUGUGCAAUCCUUUUGCAGAAUAUUAGCAGUGCUUGUUAUUAAUCUUUACAUACCUAACAACCUUGCCUAACAUGUGGCCUCCACAAUAACCUGUAUAAGAAUGUCAUUAUUUUGAGUGAUAUAUUUAAGGAUUUUUUUGUGCCUUAUUUCUCUGAAAGGUACAUUCCGCUCGCCAGUAUAGGUACAUUCCACUGGCCAGUAUAGGUUUUAAAUAAAACUAAGCUUGUGUGCAGCUGUUGAGUAAAACAAGGGUACAUGAUGCUUAGCGUAAAUGUUCUUAGUGAAAUCCAAUUAUGCCUUAAAUGCCAUAAUUCCUUUUAAUAUGAUUGAUCUUUUUUUUAUUUGUACUCGAAGCAAACUGUAUGUUAACUUUUUCUCCUGUUGUAUUUAAGUGUUCAUAUAUAAGGCAGGUCAAAGCUCCUAUGCUUAUAAGUUUUACUGAACACUUAGGGGGAUAAAGGGAAAGUAAGUACGCCUUAUAAACAUAAUAUACUUUAUAGAAAAUAUUUAGAUUAUUUUUACAUUUUACUAUAAGUCUAUAAAACUUGGGCACACUACUAUACUGACUAAUGUUCAUAGGCACUAACAUUCUGAUGCUAUUUUAGUUUUAGAAAGGCAGUGGAUAAUUUUAAACAUUAUAAACUAGGCUUGCCUUGUUUUUGUCCUUCUUUUAUUAGAGUAAUUUAUAAAUGAAUUUAGAUUUAUUUAUGUGCAUAGUUGGGUCGUGUAUAUCGGGGAGCAAUAAGCUAUCAUUUUUUAUCGCAAAACUUGGAAUCUUCAGAGUAAUAAAUAUAUAUUUGCAUAAAAUGAGCUACAAAUUGUAUACUGUAAGGAGGGCUGUUGCUUGUUUUUUAUUUGCUGGUUAUGUGGAGCUGAACUCAUGAAAUGACUUAAUAGUGGGGUCACAAUAAAUGGUUUGCUACUUGUCUAGUAACUAAUAGCAACCAUAACGUUAACACUAAAAACAUAAGCCCAGUGUCUUCCAAAGUCCAUAAGUGCUGACAAGUUGUAGACAAAGGAGUGAGAACAUUAUUUUACAUUGGAAGUAAAAUUAUAUUUCACAAUAAAAUAGGCCUUUAGCAGUUGUGUGCAUUAAUGUGUGAUGUUUCAGCCGGGACAUCAGAGGUUCACAACUGCAAAUGUCAAUAAUAAUAAAGGUAUUGGACCUGUUA